AUGACCGAGCAUCCAGAGGCGGAGGAGCCGGUGCCGGUGGAAGACCUCACGCCAGAGGAGGUCAACCGCAUCAUUCACUCGCAUCGCAAAGUUCGCUACGGUACCGCCUGCUGGCCGUGUCGCCAACGAAAGGUCAAGUGCGACAACAAGGAGCCGUGCGAGAAUUGCGUCAAGCGGGAACACCCUCAGCUGUGCUCCUACAAGCCCAACCGCACCUCCGCCAACAAGCAAGCCGCCGCUGGCUCGCAGAAGAGACGUGCCUCGCACUCUGACGCAGGAGACCAGCGCACCCGAAAGGCGGAUCGGCAAGAUAAUUGGUCGCGAUCGAUCGGUGCGUCCAACCCGCCUUCUACCGUGGCGACCCUCCCUCACACUCAUCACCUCUGGUCAGGUGUAUCGACGAGCCUCGACGAUGCCGAGGCGGUUGGCGAUCGCUAUCUGGGGCAAAAUAGCAUCCCCGCGUUGCUACGGGAGCAGUCGCCCAACGACAAGAUCGAGGGAGGCGUCGACAUCAGACGCGAUAUGCGAUCCAUCCUCGGUCUCGACACCUCGGCCCCCUUCCCUCUCAUGUCGUCGCAGCACCUCCAGAGGCUUGCCCAGGACAUCUCGGUCGAGCUUCCAUCGGAUAGAGAGGUCAUCAAGCUGUUCCGCACCUACAAGGAGAUUCCUCAGCCAUUUUGGGGUUUCGUCUACGACAUGGAUGCCCUCGAGUCGAGACUGAUGAUAUAUCUGGAAGAACGCUCCCGGAAUGCGACAAGCGCCGGCAAGACAUCCCAACCCGUCACCGCCUCGUGGCUUGCCAUACUCUUCGCCGUCCUCGCCGUUGGAUCCCAAUAUCACGAGAGGCCCUACCACGUUCGCACCAGGGACUCUCAAAAAUAUAUACAAAUCUCGUUUCAUUUCCUACGUCUCGGCAACUUCCUGCUUCGCCCGUCGUUUGACUCCAUCCAGGCUCUCCUGCUCACCGGUUUCGUCCUGCUCAACGACAUGAAGGCCGAGGCGUCGUGGGCAUUGACGGGACUCACCUGUCGCCUUGCGCAGUCCUUGGGCUUGCAUCGGUCCAUCUCAUACGAUCGUCGCGAGGCGGUGCCGCCAGAGGCCAAGGCAAAGGAGACGAUUCGCCGAAAGCUAUGGUGGACCUGCGUCUGGCACGACACGCUGACAUCCCUCUCUUUCGACCGCUGCCCGAUGACAACCUUUCCGAGCUGUGACAUCCCCGUCGGCGCGGGCGUGUCGAACAGCAAUUACACGUACUUGGAAAUGAUGUACCACCUCAUCGAAAUCAUCUCACGCAGGCUCACCCCAGACGAGACCGCAACGUCAUCGUAUAUCCAGAUGACGGAAAACUGCGAAGCGGUUGAGAACCUGCGAGCGCGGGCCCUGCCGCACAUGCGCCGCAAGGACCAAUGCAAGACGGCGCUGCAUCGGCUUCAGUAUUACGCCAUCCGUCUGCAUACGUCGUUUGUCAUCUCCGUUGCUUGCCGUCCGGCUCUCAAGAGACACUGCGACCUGGAUCCGGAGCAGAAGAGGGCGCUUGCCGAUCGGUGCAAGGAAAAUCUGACGGAGACGGUACGCAUGUUCCUGGCCAUGCACCAGCUUUCCGUCAUCCCGACGAGGACUUGGGCCUUUACCUACCACGGUCUCUCUUCCGCCUUGCUGCUCGGCAUUCUGUGCGAGACGAAGACGGACCCCGAAAUACGACAGCUCCAGGGCGACCUGAUCGCCGCUCUGUCCGCCACGGCUGCCAAGGAGGAGAGCUCGCCGGAGCCCCAUGUGUCCGUCACCGACAAAGACAUUGAGCUCUCCGGUCCUCUCUGGAGAGCCCUCGCGGCGCUGAAGAACAUUUACAACCACGGAUGCGUCACCGGCUCGAAUGCGAAACGAGACGCCGAGUCCUCGGCCGAUGGGAAUGGCAGUCGAACACCGCUGCCCCCGUUCGGGAACCAAAUGUCGGCCAUCAAUCCGCAGUUCCGCAAUGCAGCUGGCGAUCCCAGGGAGGACGCGGCGCUUGCCAUGGCCGAGAUGCAAAACGGCGCGUCGCUGCAGGACUUUUCGGCUGUUCAGUACACGCAGCCCAUGAUGGCCAUGGACGGGAGCAUGGCAAGCGUCAUGGGCCAGGUGCAGUACAUGGCACCGAUGGAGCUGUACGACUCCAUCUGGGGCGCCUCCACGGAAUCGUGGACACCAGGCAUGGACGCCUUGAACCUGGACUUUCUGGCGCAACCACCAGCUGGGCAGCCACAACAACACUUUUAUUUCUGA